AUGUGCGAAUACGCUGAAAUCACUUCGAUUGCGAUGUUUACAUCAUUUUCAAAUACCACAGAGCCCAAUCUUUCAACAAAUGCAAUGACUUAUUUAUCAAAAGUUGCAGUGGCCGGGGCAAGUGGAAAUCUCGGCCUCAGCAUUGUCAACCAACUUAUGAAAAACGGCUUCGAAGUUACAAUCCUUACUCGCGAGACCGGCUCACAAAAAUUCCCCCCCUGGGUAGACUAUAAUUCAAGCGACUCACUCGUAUCCGCUCUAUCCGGCCAAAGCGCCGUGGUAUCCGCUUUACCAAGACAUGCGCUCGACGUUCAAUCUCUACUCAUCGAUGCCGCGGUGAUAGCCGGCGUACAACGAUUCAUUCCCUCAGAGUUUGGACCCGAUACAAGCAAUUUCAACUGUGCACUAUUACCACCCUUCCAAGGCAAAAUCCUCGCACAGGAAAAAUUGAAAGAGAAGGCUCGCUCUGGCGAACUCAGUUAUACGAUUAUAUGUACCGGACCUUUCCUGGACUGGGGUCUUCAACAUGGGUUUAUGAAUAUCAAGGAAAAACGCACGAGGUUAUAUAAUAAUGGCGACCAGCUGUUUAGCACGACGACUUUACAGAGUGUUGGGCGGGCUGUGUGUGGAGUUUUGAUGAAUCCUGCACCGACGAAUAAUCGCUUGAUCAGGGUUCACGAUGUGACGACGACGCAGAGGAAACUCCUUUCAAUAGCGAGGGAGGUUACUGGACCCUACGGCUGGACCGUUAAUACGCACUCUAUUGAAGAGAUGCUUGAACAUUCGUUUUCGGCGCAUUGGCAGGGAAUGCAGGAUUCUGAGAGCAAUGCUGGAUUCAUUGCUGCUGCAUAUUGGGGGAAGGAGUAUGGAGGCGUUUUUGAACAGACGGAAAAUGAGAUGCUGGGCAUUCCCAAAAUGAGCGAUGAUGUUUUACGAGGAUUGAUUCAUCAGGUAUGGAAUCAGUAG